AUGCUAGCCGCAAAGUGACGAAGCCGAAGCCGAUAUGAUUUCUGGCUUCGGGUCCGAAUAUUUAAUUGAUUCGGAAAGUUAACGAACCAGGCGUCGUCCGAGAUCGUAUUUUUUUUUACGAGUUCUCCUAUUUCCUUCGGCUACAGUUUACCAACACCGUCGUUUUCCGCCGCGGAAACCUCUGUUCUAAAUUGACACAUCCGUCUCUGAAAUCUCUGCGAAGGCAUUGGUCUUUUGUCCGACUCUGUACGGACCCAUGGACGCUCGUGUUAAGGAGGAACUUGUAGAACCUUUACGUGUGGAAGGAACCAGCAAAAAUCACGAAGCAUCAAAUGUGUUUCCCUCGUUUAUUGAUCUCAGUAGUGACAGCGAGUCGAAUUCCGAAGAUUCGGAGCAGGAAGUUGUCGACGGAAUUUUAGGAGGAGUUACGAGAAGCGUUGGACUCUCGAACGGCGUUGAUGGAGGGUUUUUGAAGAAGAGAAGGCUGAACGAGUUGGAGGUCGUUUUGCCUCUAGGUUUUCUUCCGCCCGCUCUGUUGGACGAAACGCAUUCCCUGGCAGUUCAAUUGCCCCCGUCAGAAGAGGCGGGUACUGGACAAGAGUCGAGUGAACCUCUGACUUCGAAGGCAAAUGGUUCUGCCUGCAAGCAAUUCUGGAAGGCAGGAGAUUAUGAAGGAGCUCCUUGCGGUAAUUGGGACUCAUCGUCGGGUGGCAUGGACCAUGUUAGGGUUCACCCUAAGUUUCUGCAUUCUAAUGCGACCAGUCAUAAGUGGGCCCUUGGAGCGUUUGCUGAGUUAUUAGACAACUCAUUAGAUGAGGUUUGCAAUGGAGCUACUCAUGUUAAUGUAGACAUGCUUGUGAAUAAGAAAGAUGGGACCAGAAUGUUACUAAUUGAAGAUAAUGGUGGUGGGAUGGACCCCAACAAAAUGCGUCAUUGCAUGUCAUUGGGUUAUUCAGAAAAAAGCAAAUUAGCCAAUACUAUUGGACAAUAUGGUAAUGGUUUUAAGACUAGUACCAUGAGACUUGGAGCAGAUGUGAUUGUGUUCUCACGAUGUGGUGGAAAAUAUGGACAAAGUGGCACGCAGAGCAUUGGAUUACUGUCCUAUACAUUUUUAAGGAGCACUGGAAAGGAAGAUAUAAUAGUUCCAAUGCUUGACUAUGAAAGGAAUGGAGGGGAAUGGAGCAAGAUAGUGCGAUCUUCUCUUAGUGAUUGGAAUAAAAAUUUGGAAACAAUUGUUCAGUGGUCUCCAUUUUCCAGUGAAGCUGAACUUCUUCGUCAGUUUUUUUUGAUGAAAGAUCACGGAACUCGCAUUAUAAUAUAUAACCUUUGGGAAGACGACCAAGGACAGUUGGAAUUGGAUUUCGAUACUGAUCCACAUGACAUCCAAAUCAGAGGUGUCAACAGAGACGAGAAGAAUAUACAAAUGGCCAAAAAAUUUCCCAACUCUAGGCACUUCUUGACUUACCGACAUUCACUGAGGAGUUAUGCAUCGAUUCUUUAUUUGAGGCUUCCCCCUGUCUUUCGCAUUAUUCUUCGCGGGAGAGAUGUCGAACACCAUAACAUAGUGAAUGACAUGAUGAUGUCUCAAGAGGUCACGUACCGGCCUCAGCCAGGCGCUGAGGGGGUUGUAAAAGAUUCAAAUAUGGUUGCUGUUGUGACUAUUGGUUUUGUAAAGGAUGCAAAGCAUCACAUAGAUGUUCAAGGGUUCAAUGUUUAUCACAAGAAUCGACUCAUCAAGCCAUUUUGGAGGCUUUGGAAUGCUGCAGGAAGUGAUGGUCGUGGAGUUAUAGGCGUUUUAGAAGCAAAUUUUGUUGAACCUGCCCACGAUAAGCAGGGGUUUGAGCGAACAACUGUUCUCGCAAGACUUGAAGCACGUUUGAUACAGAUGCAGAAGACUUACUGGACUUCCUACUGCCACAAGAUUGGCUAUGCUCCAAGACGAAGUAAUAAAUCUACCAACCUGUCUCCAGAUAGAGAAAGUUCCCCCGAUGAUUAUUCUUCACAGCCUUCACCUCAAUCAAGAAAAAAGUGCAGUACAUCAAGUGGGAAGAAACCUGAUAAAGUCUAUUCAGGAAAAGAAUCAGAAAAGUUUCAGAAAACAAAAGACUCUAGAUAUGUGAAUGGGCAUUCAAGUAAAGACAAAAACAGCAGUAUGAUCCCUAAGAAAUCCUUGAUGAGAUCAAGUUCUUCUGAGUCACCUUCGCCUUCUCCACUAGAAGUUAAGGUUGAUAACCUGCACGAGCGACAAGCAAAUGGUACUGGUGAUAAGACAUUUUAUGAUAAGGAAUCUCACGGAAAUGAUGUUUCAAUGACAAUGAAAGCAUCUUCAAAUGGAGGAGUCGGUCAAUCUCAGGAAAUUGGAGUCGGUAGAAGAGGAUCCCAACUGAAGGGAGGAGAUGUAAACAAUAGUGAGCAUUCCCCUUCAAAUUCCAAUUUCCACAUGCUACAGCAGUUGAAGGAAGAAAAUGAACAGUUGAAGGAGAGAUUACAGAGAAAGGGAGUUGAUGACAACGAAUUGCAGCAGGAAAGAGAUAGGUGUAAAUCACUAGAGGCUCAGCUUAAAGCAGCAGAGCUUAAAAUUGAGGAAUUGAACAAGGAACAAGAAAGCCUAAUAGAUAUUUUCUCAGAGGAGAGAGAUCGAAGAGAAACUGAGGAGAGAAAUCUGCGAAAGAAGCUUCAGGAAGCAUCCAACACCAUCCAGGAGCUGCUAGAUAAGAUAAAGAUUCUGGAGCAAAGAUGAUAGUUUCCCUGUAGAAAAUUGGAGUUGUAGGGCACACAGAUAGAAUUCUUUUGGCUAGGUUUUUCCAAGUUUCCUAUUGUUGAUAGGCCCAAGCUAAGACCUUUUACCAUGGUCUUAUUUUGGUCGUGCAUUGUAUAUAUUUUUUGUCAAUCUUUAGUUGAAAAUGACUUCUGAAAUAUGCACGAGGUGGUUUAAGUA